AUGUCGCGGUUCCUCGGUGACGAAGGAGUAGCGAUAGAAGGAUCUGGCGGCCAAGGGCGGCGACUGCGACGAUCUCGGUCUCUCUCUCAGCGACUUUCCGGCUUCCCAAUCGCUUCCAGCAACAGCGAUGAGGCGGCACCUAGCAACGAUUGGAUUGUUGUGGCGAAGGGAGGAUGGGAACGGGAGGUGGCUGCGACUGGAGGUAGAGAAAUGGGAGUGGCGGCUGGAGCAAAGAAAGGGUCUCCUAGUUUUAGGGUUGAAGGAAAUGGCGUGGGGAAGGGAUACGGGUAUAUCCCGUAUCUUAUUUCAAUAUAUGAUUAG